AUGGCCGAAUCCCUGAGGCUUCAGACACCUAGCCGUUCAAAUCGCACCGGCGAAGCGUCACCGUCAUUCGCGCAGACGACAGCCGAGUUCAGUCUCGACAGCGAUCUCGAUCUCGACCCCGACGAUGACGAUGAUGAUGCCGAGGACUUGCGUUUGCAUGAAGCACAGCUUGGCGGCGGCCAGGCCUACGAGCUGAAGAGCCUGAGGGCAUCGCCUGCGAAAGUUACUGACGACGGAUGGGGCGAUGAAGUGCCGUCGCUGCGGAGAAGAGCUAGCAUCAGCACCGUCGCAAGCUUCCAGCUUUACACCCCGGACGAGGAGAGUAUGACGCACCUUGAGCCGCGAUCAUAUAUUGGCAAUGCGCGCAUAGCCGGCAUGGACGAGGACUUGCAGACGAAUCCUCCGUGGGAUGGUUGGUAUGAGUGGACAUUGACGGCCUUUUAUAUCUCGUAUAUCUUCUUUGAGUGGAUGUCGCUGCUAUGGAAGCUCAUCCCUGCCCACAUAUACGUCUCCAUGAUUGUCCUCUCAUGGGGACUGACUGCCUCGCUGCAGUCUGUUUCCGUCUCGUACCCUACGCUCAUCUUCCUUCGGGUAUUGCUGGGCAUUGGAGAGGCCGGCUUCACAGCCGCACCGUUAGCAACAACAUUCGCAUCGUCCUUGGCUUGGCUCAUCACCAACUAUGCAGAGUCUGGACCCAUAGCCCCUUGGCGUCUUUUGUUCCUCGUCGAGGGCUUCCCAUCCGUUCUCGCCGCCGUAGCCGCGUGGCACAUCAUUCCUGAUAGCCCAGAUACAGCGCGUUAUCUCACUGCGCGCGAGCAAAAGGUAGCCCGCCUUCGACUUCGACGCGAGAAGCCGCACCGGAAGAAGCAUGGGGGGAAGGGUUCUAGCAAUCUCGACCUUGGUGAAGUGUUUGCUGUCUUGUGCGAUCCCAUGGCGUUGCUGACCGCGGCCAUGUUCUUCCUUACCAACAUGGCGUAUUCCUCUCUACCCGUAUUCCUGCCCAAGAUCCUCACUGAGAUGGGCCACUCUCGCCUUGCAUCCCAAGGCCUUAGUGCUCCUCCGUACUUUCUGGCCUUUCUUGCCGUACUUUUCACAGCGCAUCUAUCAGAUCGGGCGCAAACCCGGUCCGUUCCCAUCGUACUGCACGCCCUCGCAUCGGCCGGCGGAUACGCCGCGCUCGCCCUGGCAAAGCCCAUCGGUCUCUCACCACUGAUGCGGUAUCUCGCAGUGUAUCCGGCGGCGGUUGGCUUCUUCAACGUCGUAACACUCACCGUGGCAUGGAGCAUCAACAACCAAGCGUCCGAGAGCAGGCAGGGCGGGGGGUUUGCGCUGAUGCAGAUUAUCGGGCAAUGCGGACCUCUUGUGGGGACGAGGUUAUACCCGGAUCGAGACGCGCCUUUCUAUGCGCCUGGGAUGCAAGCCUGCGCGGGUGCGAUGCUCGCCGUGGCUGUCUUGGCGGUGUUCCUGAGGUUCUACCUCUCCUACUUGAACCGCAAGAUGGACGCCGCUUGCGCCGUCGGUAGCGAAGCCGAAGAAGAAGAAGAGGGCUUAGUGGGAUCUGGAUGUCGUAAAAGGACGGCCAGCCAAGGGUUUCGAUACAUGCUCUAA